AUGAACGCUCGACCCCAUCGAUUGUGUGCCGAAGCCGACCCAGUCGACAGCCUCGAGGUUGGGCAGUGCCCCGUCCACCCAACCCCAGAACCCGCCCCACGCGCAUGCUCAUGCAUCCCCAACUGGACCGGUGAAGACUGUGACAACGAUGACAGCGGCGAAGAUCAGAUAGUCAGGCCAGCUCUCGGAAGCCUGGGCCCCAGAAGCUCGCAAAUGCACUCCUCUCAAACCCAGACCCGCCACGGGUUUGGGGCUGCAUCGGUCGGAAGGAUCGAGUCUAUCCCCGCUGGUCCCAGACGCCCAGCCUUUUGGGCUUGGCGGGGUCCCUGUGAAAAGCCACAGUCCGAGACGGAGUUUGCUCUGCGCCGUCAUAAUCAAUGCCCAAUUAAGCUUGUUGUCGACCAAGAGCGCAAAGCGCCUCUCAAAACCGACUUGGGCGAGCUGGAGCACACCCAUUCCCAGCGACCACGCAGUCGCGGGCGGCUCCGGAGUGUGCUGCAGUCUCUUUCCCAGCGUCGAACAUGGCGCAAGAAGCUCCUCGGAUGUAUAGCGGCACUACUGGUCCUCGCCAAUCUGGCCUGGCUGGACUACUGGGUGUUCUUCCGCCUCCAAAACAGCAGCGGGACCAUCGCCGUCUCGAUCAACGGAACCGAGGAGUGGAUUCCGGUCCAAGACUAUGUCAGCCAGCGGAUCUGUCUGGAUCUCGCCGCCGUCAUGGCCCCGGCCGAUUUCUACAAGCUUUGUCCGGCCUGCAUGUCCCUGGAAAAGUCGGGCGACUUUAGUGCCGUCGUGCAGCUCUGCGCACUCUCGGAUCUGUACUUUCAGCAGCGUCAAGCAGGCCAAAGUGCAAACUCACUUGGAGCAGGCUGGAUGCAGAGCCCGGAUGUCUGCUCCUGGCAGGGUGUCCAAUGCGGACCCGGCAACAACGUAUCGGAGUUGAUGCUGACCGGCGUCGUCGGCAGCCUCCCUGACUCCCUCGGCUCCUUGAUAUUUCUCCAAAAUCUGCAAAGCCGAUUUGUCUUGUCCUCGACUGCCGCCAGCACUCUUGGCGCCGCCGAUGCCAACAACGCCUCUCUCCAGACGGCCUCGUGGGCUUUCCCGUCCAGCAUCUGGAGGCUCCCUGGAUUGAAGCAAGUUCUCAUUCAGCGAGGCCACUGGAAGAUCGAUCUGGAUGAUAUCGGGUCGGCCCGCUCUCUUGAACUUUUACACCUCCUGUUUCUGCCUCAGGCAACCGGUGCCAUCCCAGCCAACAUUGGGAACACUCCGAUUCGGUCACUUGUCCUCCAAAAUGUUUCGAUCAAUGCCAGCUUCCCGUCAUGGAUUCCCUCGUCGCAGCAAUGGCGUCAGUCCCUCGUGGAGCUCGUAGUAGAGUCGUGCGGACUCACAGGGGAUUUUCCAAACGACCUUGCGGCAUUCAAUAGCCUGGCAGCCAUCAACUUCCAGAACAACGACCUGACGGGGACAGUGAGCUCGGCCAUGUGUAGCAAAUUCAGCGCAGGCUCGACUUCGAGUCAGACGUCCUGCCAAGUGGGCGGUAACCCGCUGCUCAAGACCCCGUCGAGCUGCGGAUGUCAGUAACCGCUGUCGGUGCAGCGCCUCCGACAAACAUUGGCAGUGCUUGUCAAGCACGGGAGUCUCUGGCAGAG